UUUUCAUAAUUUAGCUUCUUUUGCUAAACAGAGAGAGAAAAUCCUAGAAAAUUAAAGAGAGAAAAUUGAGCAAGGAAAAUAUCUGUGAGUCUUUUUAUUUUUUGAAUUUGAGCUGAGCAUCUCUGAAGAUUUUUCGGGAGUGGUUUGUGUUUGGUAAUGGUGUUUGGGAGAUUUCAAAGAUGGUAGCUGAAGCAGAGGCCGUGUGUCGACAGAGCGUGCCGGUGCUGGACGCUCAGUUCUUCAAAGGAAGCAGUAAUGAGGAGGUUGAGAUUCCGUCGCCGAGUGUUAGCAAAGCCCGGGUUUCUGAGUCGGUCGCCGCCGAUUUACCCACCCCUCAGCCGGGUAUAGAAUCUCCAGAAAAGAUUUCUGAUUCGAGUCUAGAAUCUUCAGUGCUUCAAUAUGUUCCUAGCAUUCGUUCUGGAAGUUUUGCUGACAUUGGACCCCGGAGAAACAUGGAAGAUGAGCAUAUACGGAUAGAUGAUUUACAAGCAUAUCUUGGGUCCCUCUUCAAGUUUCCUAAGCCCAGUGCUUUCUAUGGGGUGUUUGAUGGUCAUGGAGGACCUGAAGCAGCAGCCUAUGUUAAGAAAAAUGCUGUAAGGCUGUUUUUUGAAGAUGUAAAUUUUCCCCGGACAUGUGAAGUUGAUGAUAUUUUCUUGGAAGGAGUUGAGGACUCUCUCAUGAAAGCAUUUCUUUCCGCUGACCUUGCUCUAGCAGAUGACUGCAGUGUGAGCAGUUCUUCUGGGACUACAGCAAUUACUGCUAUGUUAUUUGGGAGGCGUCUAAUUGUGGCCAAUGCUGGUGAUUGCCGAGCAGUUCUUUGCCGAAGAGGAGAGGCAAUUGAUAUGUCUCAAGAUCAUCGACCUAUUUAUCCAGCUGAACAGAUGCGAGUUCAAGAGCUGGGUGGGUUGAUAGAUGGUGGGUACCUAAAUGGUGUUUUAUCAGUUAGCCGGGCACUAGGGGAUUGGGACAUGAAACCCAAGGAUUCUGCUUCACCUCUAAUUGCUGAACCUGAGUUCCGACAGGUUGUUCUUACAGAGGAUGACGAGUUCCUUGUCAUUGCAUGCGAUGGGAUUUGGGAUGUUAUGACAAGUCAACAUGCAGUUACCCUAGUUCGCAAAGGGUUACGGCGGCAUGAUGACCCUGACCAAUGCGCCAGGGAUCUUGUCAUGGAGGCUCUGCGUCGCGGUACAUUUGACAACCUCACUGUUGUUGUUGUGUGCUUCUCCUCGGAUUACCGGGAGCCAUCAACUCCUCGCCAACGAAGAUUGAGGUGUUGCAGCCUAUCUGCCGAGGCCCUUUGUCGCUUGAAGAGUCUGUUGGAUGGCGGUGGCACACGGUGAAUGUAAAUAUUCUAAUAAACUCUCCUGUUCACUAGCAGAUAUCAUUCUGUUUGAGGCUGCUUCAUGUGGAGGACACAAAAGGCAGCUGCCAGUUUUGUUAGGGUUAAUUUUUUAAGAAAGGCGGAGUUACCUGUGGAUGUACAUGGUGGGGGAAGGUGAACAGAGGUGGUGUAGAAACAGAUGCUGAUAAUAUUAUUUACUUUGUGAUAAAUUAAGACCUUAUAAAUUUUUCCACAUGAAUCCUGGGCAGCUACUUGUAUUAGCUCAUUGUUCUGUCUGUAACAUUCCUAUAUAUAUUCUCAGUAAAGAUCGCUAAGUCAU